UCAAAAAUGUGCUUCAACAUUGAGUUCCAGUCUUCUCACUUGGCUUGUCGCACGUAUCCAAGGCACGUAGUCAACAGCCAGCUGUUCGUUGUGUGCCCGAAGCGAAUCGAGGCCCGCAAACAAGCCCGCGUCGCCGCCAAAGCCGCUCUACGUGACGCCAUCUGGGUUAAUCCCAGAGCGAACAACAAUCCCUCCCUUCCUCACAGCGACGUUACCAACUGGCACUUUGUGCUGAGCGACGAGGACGGCUCAGACUAUGAGGGUGUCACCGAUUCCUCUGUUGAUCAUGUCGAGGAACUUGGCGGCACCGCUUCUCUCGCAGCUGGCUCUGAAAUCCUAGCUCAAUCUCAAUCCCCCAAUUCUGCCUUCCUCAAUGAUGACUGGGACUACGUCAACAAUUGCCCGGCUGCUACAUGCGAUGAGGAGAUUUGCGAGUACAUUGGCUCUGCAAGGUCUUGGUUAGCCGGCGGACUUUGCGCGUACUGCAAUGGGUGGAAGAAGUGGGAGACGAUUACUCACGUUGUCACUGCUCCUAAUGGCAUGCUCGACCCCCUGAUGAACGCGCUUAUGGCGCUGAGGUGGCCUGGAGAUCCGGGAUUUGGGGUGCCUGAGAGGGAGGAAUUUGAGGACCAGCAGUCUGAAACUGAACUGUCCGAAGAUGAACAGUCGACAGAUGAGCAGUCGGCGGGUGAAGAUUCGGAUGAACCCUUCUGGGACUUUGACAAUUCCUACGACUUUGGUUGGGUGUUCUGAUAUCUCUUCCCUAUCUUCAAUUACUUGCUAUUGUUUGAUCAGACUUUGACGUCGUCGGUUUCGUGAUACGCUACAUCCGGCAAUUUGUUCUCGGUCUUUCUGUUCUGGAGUAGAAGCCUCGCUUUUGCUUUUGUCUCUUCGCUCCUGCUUUCUUCUCUUUUCUCUAUUAGUUUUUCAUUGCGAUCAUGAGAUACGUGCCUA